GCUUUGCUUUCCUCCUCUUUCCCUUCUUUCCCUCCUCGGGACUCUCUCUCUCUCUCGUGUUGCUUCGUCUCCUCGAUCUCAUCUCUUUGAAGGCUCGUCGUCGUUUACUUUCCUCGUUGAAUCUUUCUUGCACGCGGGGUUCUGGAUUUUGAUUCGUUCAAAGUCGUGUUCUUCUGAGGACCUAUGGUUCCUGUGUACCUGAACGGAAACGCGCGAUCGGCCUCUAUAAAGAUCGAGAUGCCAGUGCUUGGUGUCGUCGGCUUCCCGCUCUCUGUCUCCACGCCUUUUUUCAGGAGUUACCUGCUGAACUGCGGGGUUGAUUUUUACCCCCUUGACCAUAAUUUCCCCUGAUAUUACUACAUACCUCGUGAUCUAGAUAGAUAGAGAGAAGUUCAAUAAUUAAAAAUAUGAGCCGACCACAUGAUGGACUGUGCAUCUUAUUGCACUUUGGAAAUCAUUCUCGGGUUACUGGUCACAAAGGCUCAUCGAAGCUUCUUGCUUUACUGAGUCAUUUCGAGCGAAACCUUGCAGAAAAAAUGAGAAAACUCCACGCAGAAGUAAUCUCAGAUGUCUUUUCUUUAUCUUGGAUAAAACAUGCUGUUAAAUCAUUAUCGGAUGUCCACGCCGACAUUAAAACAUUAAUAAUGGAACUUCAAUUCCCUGUUUCUGACUGGGAUGAGAGAUGGAUUCAAGAAUACUUUGAGAACAGUUUGAAGAUGCUUGACAUUUGCAAUGCAUUAAGUGCUGAGCUUACCCGAUUAGAUCAAGGCCAGCUUUUGCUUCGAUAUGUGCUGCGCAUCCUGGAUAUCUCAUCUAGUUUUCCUUCAUCUGAACAAUUGAGAAGAGCUCAUGUAUCUCUUGAUGAUUGGCUGAAGCAGGCUAACUCUUCGAGUCCUAAGCUAGAAAAGUGUCAUGCUAUCUUGCAGAUCCUUCAUGACACCCUUUGUUUGCCAAAGAUAAAAUAUUCUGCCAAAGGGAGGGUGCUAAUGAGAGCCUUUUAUGGAGUUGAGGUCAUGACUCUAUUCACUUGCAGUAUCAUCAUAACAGCACUGACAGGCUGCUCAAAGCCCUUGAUGGACUUGCAUAUUGUCGAUGAGUUCUUAUGGCUCGAGGCAUUCAACAAUUUGCAAGCUUUCUUGAAUGAGGAAAUUAGAAGACAGUUGCUGGGUGGAAAAGUAAUGAUGCUAAAAGAAAUAAAAGCACUCAAAAUGAGUGCUCUGAUGUUCCGUUCCUUAACUAACAGAAUUGAUUAUGUGGAAGAACCAGCACAGCUAAGCAUGGAUGUUAAGAAGGAUGAGUCGAACUCACCAAAGGAGUAUGCUGACCCUGAAAAGAGACGAAGGCUGCAAGAAUGCAUGACACAUUUGACCGAUGGAGGAGAGGUGUUUGGCCGUGAGCUAGAUUCUCUGUCAAAACAAGUAAAUGACUUUUUUCACAUUUUACUAACUGGACGUGAUGCCUUACUUUGUAAUCUUAGGGCAUCCAGUAUAUCCAAAAAGCAGUAGCAUUGAAGAGGUGAGGCUGUGAGGUGGUUGAUUGCUCUUAUGAAUUUUAUUGUGAUGCUUGUGUUUUCCAGAUCCUGAAAAUGUCACUGGAUAAUAUUAUGUACAUGGAUAAGCUUCAAAGUCUAUUUCUCAGCUGUGUAUGUAUCCAAAAUUGUAUUCUAGAAAGUUAUAAAGCUGCAAUCUGUUGUAUGCAUAUCUGCCAGAACCUUCAA